AUGCGUGUCUCUGGGUUAGAUGUUAUCGCGCGGCGACGUGCGACCUCGGACGUGCUUGAUGUGAUCGCGCGGCGACAGAGGCUAUGGACGUGCUCGCGCGGCGAUGACCCUGUCCACGGCUUUAUGGACUACGUAUUGGCUCUAAGGAGACAUUAUAAAGAUGCCUGCAUUAAAUUUAGGAACCUACUAUUGACCGAGUGCAAUGUAGACCCGUUUUUAGAAGCUGUGACAAUAGCAAGUGCUUGUAAUCUUGCGUUUAGGAGAAAUUUUCUCAAACCAAAUACAAUAGGACUGAUUCCUAAGCAAGGCUAUAGGAUGGGUGACACUCAAUCAUCUAUAGCUCUCCAGUGGUUAGUCUACGAGGAGAUGCAAAGAAAUGUACGAAUACAGCAUGCUGGUAGGGAGAGAGAGACAGUUAUAGAUGGCUAUAAAGUUGAUGGGUUUGAUGGAGAGCGUAUUUAUGAGUUCCACGGGUGCUACUUUCACGGCUGCAAAAAAUGCUUUCCUUUCAAACGUGACGAGCGCCUCCAGGAUGACCCAUCUGACACGCUUAACAAUAGAUACCAAAAGACAAAAGAGAAAAUGGACAGAUUAGCCAACACUUUAUAUGAAGUGAUAGAGAUGUGGGAGUGUGAUUUUCUUGUGUUAAAGAAACAAGAGAAUCUUAGUUAUUUGGAGAACCACCCGGUUUUAAACAAUGUACCGUUGAUUCCAAGAGACGCGUUUUAUGGUGGCCGUACAGGAAACACAAAAACCUAUCAUGAGUGUGAGUCUGGUGAGGAAAUAAAAUAUGUAGAUGUUUGUUCGCUGUACCCAUAUGUGUGUAAGUAUGGAAAGUACCCUGUAGGCCAUCCGACGGUAUAUGUUGGAGAUGCAGAAUGCCGGGGAAGAGGAUUGUCUGUAGAGGGUUUGUUGAAAUGUAAAAUCCUUCCUCCAGUAGAUCUAUAUCACCCGGUUCUUCCUUCAAGAAUGCAUGGGAAGCUUAUGUUUGUACUUUGCAGAAAAUGUGGUGAGGAGACAAACCAGGAUACCUGUCAUCACUCUGAUGACGAAAGAGCCUUGGUAGGAACAUGGGUAAUGGAUGAGAUCCGCGUAGCAGUAGAGAACGGAUAUAAUAUUCUACAGUACUAUGAACUCUGGGAAUAUGGUGUUGCAACUUUUGAAAAAGGAGGCCUAUUUACAGAGUUUAUUAAUAAAUUUCUGAAAAUGAAACAAGAAGCAUCAGGAUAUCCAGAAUGGUGUCAAACUGACGAGGACAAAAAUAGAUAUAUAAGGCAGUACCUUGACCAUGAAGGAAUCAGUUUGGAUCCUUUGAAAAUUGAAAAGAACGGCGGUCUCCGAUCACUAGCAAAAUUAAUGUUGAACAGCUUUUGGGGAAAAUUUGGGGAGAGAGAAAAUCAGACAAAGGCUACUAUUGUGCGAGAUCCUGAGACUCUGUUCAAUAUGUUAAUUAACCCUGCUGUUCAGGUAAAUACUAUUCAGGAAAUCAAUCAAGAUACAUUGUUGGUAAAUUGGCAAAAUAUAGAGGAGGUGGGUGGUUCUUUGCGUAGGGUGAAUGUGGCUAUAGCGGCAUACACGACAGCGCAAGCACGGUUGAAGCUGUACGAGCAUCUUAAGGCCUUAGGAGCACAGGUAAUCUACUACGAUACAGACAGUGUUGUAUAUCUUUUAAGCGAUAAUCUACAUAAAGUACCUACUGGUGACUAUUUAGGUGAGAUGACUGAUGAGCUGACUGACUACGGACCAGGUUCAUUUAUUAUUGCUUUUGUCUCUGGAGGUCCUAAGACUUCAGUAGCAAAGAUGAGUCGGAAGAAUAAAGACCUUGUGUCGAAAAUUGCCGAACUAGAAGAGGCGGUAAGACGUAAGUUUCGACGAUUUAAAGAUGGUAAUGUUGAAAAUGAAAGAUUACUAGAGCAGCAGUAUAGACCGAUUAUCAGAGAAUUGAAAAAAACUGAGCCUCAAAUAAAAGCUGAACAAAUGUCUGCUGUCAAAGGGGAAGAAGAAGAAGAAGGAGAAGAAGCAAUGGAUUAUGUCAACAAGUUCGGACGUUACGAGAAAAAGGAAAAGGCUCUUGUCGGGCCAAAGGGCGAGGGCUUUGCACUGACUCAAGAUGCUCACCUGCCGGGUUAUAAUUAUUGUGGACCUGGAACAAGGUUAAAAAAGAGACUAGCCAGAGGUGAUAGAGGUAUUAACGGUUUAGACGAAGCGUGUAAGGUGCACGAUAUCGCAUAUUCGAGGUACAAAGAUAACGCGCACAGACAACAGGCAGAUAAGGAGCUAGCAGAACGCGCUUGGCGUAGAUUUAAAUCAUCAGACGCGUCUGUAGGAGAAAAGGCGGCUGCCUGGGCAGUAACUACAGCGAUGAAGACAAAGGCAAAGUUUGGUGGUGGAAAGAGGAAGAAGAAGCAAUCGACUCGUAGAGUUAAGAGAAAGACACCUGGAGGUAGAGGAUUGUAUCUACGUCCCUACCCUAGAGGGGGUGGAGUUAAACGUAAAAAGCGGAAUACAAGGAAAAAAAAACGUGGAUCCCGCUAA